AUGUGCAACUGGAACCAAUUUUGCGCCUUUCAACUCCAGCAAACCAUCAUCCUGAACGGUGGUUCCUUGUGGUGGCAAAGUGGGUAUUCUGAUGGAACUAUCGAUGUUCCUGAGAGUGAUGGAAACGCUGAGGGCACGUUCUUCAGCUUGCCUCUCGCUGACUUGUUCGAUGUGAAGACAACCAAUCUAUCUGGACUUUUCUCCAGGGGACCCAACCCAGUUACCAAACAAGCCAACUUUGAAGGCGGUGCAAUGUUUGGCAACAAUCAGGAGAUCAUCCUCUACGGAGGCCUGACCAGACCAACAGAUAGCCAGGCUACCCCUGGGCCCAGGGAACUGCUCGGGCUUCGAUAUUCCAAGGGCGUGUCCACUGGAAACGAGGUGUAUUUCUUCAAUUCAUCGCUACCAACUGAUUUAACGCGAUACGUCACAAGUGGCGGACAAGUCUCAGUGCCCAGCGAGAAUUUAGCCUUCUACUUUGGGGGUAUGCGAGGACAAGGAUGGGGUCCCAUCACAUCAGAUGAUGCCUCUGCGAACACAACAGCUGACACUCUGAUCAUGCUUAACCUGACAGCUGUAGGAGACCAGAAGGUUUGGAGAAACUCAACGCUACCCAAAUCAAUCAUGAGUCGAGCUGAUGCGCAGCUUAUCUGGGUACCAGUUUCUGAGCAAGGGGUUCUAGUAGCCAUUGGCGGGGUGAAGACCCCAGAGUAUCUCUUUCCGUCCGGUCUUUCUUCGUCCCAGCAAGAACAAGACUCUCAAUUCGACUCGAACUUCAUGCGAGAAAUCGCGUUGUAUGACAUUGCGCAAGACAGAUGGUAUCUCCAAAACACGACGGGCGACGUGCCACCAAAUGGCCAUGCCUCUUUUUGUUCUACUCUUGCGUCUUCAUCGGAUGGGAGUUCUCACAACAUUUACAUCUACGGUGGCUACAGCGGACAGAAUUCGACAUCCGCACCAUAUGAUGAUGUGUAUAUUCUCUCUUUACCGUCCUUCGUGUGGAUCAAAGCCUACAAUGGCACUUCUAGGCACGGCCGUAGUGGUCACCAAUGCUUUGGUGUGCUACCUAGUCAUAUGCUGGUCGUCGGGGGUCUAUACAAAGAUCCGUCAUUCUGCCUCGAGGGUGGAAUCCUACAGACAUUCAGUCUCAACGAUUUAGAGUUCCAGACAACAUACUCUCCAGAGUUGGUGGAGGAGUAUCGUGUGCCUAACGUUGUGACCAGGCAGAUUGGGGGAACGGCAAAGGGGAAAGCAACUCAAACAGCACCCGCCUCUUGGGGAGAUCCACAGUUGAAAUCCCUAUUCGGUGCCACUUACACAAAAUCAAUAGCCACCUGGUAUCCAUAUAGCACGUCCGUUGCCACGACCAGCUCCAGCUCCACGACUACCCCCAUUCAGAUGCCCAAGAAGCCCACUGGAUUGUGCCUGUUACUGUUGGCACAGUUAUCCCUGUAG